AUGACUUCUCCAUUCGCACGAAACCAAGCGCUCUCCCAGCAAACAAUUGAGGCUUACAGUCGCUUGAACGGUUCUGAGCAAGUCAAUCACAGGGUCGAGUUCUAUCUCGCCUACCUCCGAGACGUUGCGCCGGAGGGACUCACCGUCAGCCAUAUUCCCGUCGAAGGGGACCGCUCGCACGGAGCUGUAAUGCGUGAGGAGAUCCGGCUCAUCAUGUCUUCGGGAAUCCUGUUCAUGUCCGGCCAGGUCUCCCUGGACCCACGGCCCAACGAGCUGGAGACAUACGCCGGCGACGACGCCUACACCAAAUGGCUGAACGGAGACUUCACGGUGCACGAUUUCAAGUGGCACUCCUUCACUGGCCAAGACAUAACGAUCAAUUGGCGCUUCUUCACUGGCCAAGACACAACGAUCAAUUUCUUCAGCAGUGACGACUCGCCUUGGUACAAACCGGACGCCCAGUUCCACCCGAUCCAGAACGCGGAGCAGGUAGCCGCAUACUUGCAGCAGAAGCGCGACGGUCUUGCCUAG